UACAGUAAAGAGCACGUAUCUCGGUUGAUUCGUUUCUGAUAUCACACGUUUGUGUGUUGAACCGUCUUCUUGUAUUGUUUAGUUCAAGUAUCUAUAGAUGCCGUGUGUUGUUUAGUUGCUGUGGGAUUUUCCAUUGUGCAUUGUUGUUAAGCUUGGACAUUUAAGUGGUCCGUAUUUCAUCUCAUUGGUAAAUUUGAUUGGUGAUUUUGACGAUUGCCCCGUGCCGUGUGUUUUGUCGUUCCUCGUCUCGUCUUUGUGUGCCGGUAUGCGUGAAUGAAAUGUGUGUAUUUUGAUUCUCGAAACCGAAAUAACAAAUCUGUGUGCAGAGAACUUUCAACACCGAAUAAAGAAGACGUGAACUGACUGCGCCGAGCGCGCUGAUUCGAUUUCUGACGCUGUAUUGUGUAUGGACCAAACGAAUCCGCUGGUGUUUGUGACGUAUCCAGAGAACCCGGUCUGGUAUCUUCGUCAAGUGCCUUGCUGCUCUUUGCUGUGUGUACAGAAAAACAACACCACAAAACUGGGCAAUCCGGCCAAAAAAAAAGGUCCAACCUGAUGAUGGAAACCGUACAUGUGUGACUAGUCUGUUGGGUUUUGGUUUGGGGGUCUAGCUAGCGAUCGUUAGUAGAAAAGCAAGUGUUUUCAAUAACCUCUGGAAGAUAAAUUGGCUGCUAAAUAGCUAGUGAUUUGUACACGCGGGUGAAAGAUAACAUUCUUGGCACGUGUUCGUGGAGAGCGCUAACGAGCUCCGCGGUUUUAAGAACGAUUUUCCAAACACGGAAUUCGGACCAACCUAUGCAGAAGAAAAUACAUCAAAUUUAGUGCCGUGUUCGAAUCGAAGUGUUUUUUCCCCGUCUGUCUGAUUCUUGUGCUGCUUAUUGGUGUGUGCCGGACAUUCGGAUUCGUUUGUUUUAUUGAAUGCUCAAAAUUGUUAUGAGAAGAGUCACACAGUGGGCUGAACCGAGACUUCGCCGGUCGCAGUUAUCCUGAAAGUGUCAAGAUACUUCGGCCCGGCCCGUAUUCCUGGCACCAGAUUCAGCCAGUCAGCCAGCCAGUCAGUGGAGAAAUCUAGAAUAAGACGAACCGGUCCGGUCUGCUUGUUGCUACUGGCUUACCGUACUCACUCACGUUGCCAAACCUCGGCCGACUCUGGUCUGGAAGCAGAAGGAGGAAGCAAGAAAUGAGAGAAUAAGGUCUGGUGGCUGGGAUCUUGGGCAUGGAGGAGACCCAGACUGGGACAGAAUCGUCAUCCCCCAUACUGUGUAGUGCCAGUCAGCCAGCCAAAAGGAAGAUUCUCAAGAGAGAGUCGUUAUUGUACCAUUGGAAAGAUCGGAGUUCCGUGCAGUCGUCUUCAUCGUAGCUCGUAAGGCCUUUGCCAUCUUCAACAAAACACAGCUGCUGAACCCGCCGUCGUUUUUGUUAUUGCUGUUUCCCGGUUCCCGGAUCCGAUCUCCGAUGGUCUUGGUGUUUUCGUUUGUUGAGUAUCGAUCAUCGUCGAUCGACAAUAGCGACCUAUAACAAGCUUCCAAUAAUAUUCACAAGACGUUCGAUGACCGGUUAAGUGUAGAAGAUCGUGUGUGUGCGCUCCAGCUUGUUAUAUCUAUUCGUUUUGAGAAGUGCGAUGAUGGGUUUUGUAUAUUUGAGGGGGUUAAGUUUUGAAAAGUGAGCGACCAGCAAGAAGGAAAUCGUUUGUGUGAUUCGAUUUAAUUUUUCUCUUAAUUCCUAUCCCUCCUCCAUAAGUGAUUAAGCGAAGCUAACAAGCUCAGAUAGAACGAUAGGAUUAGUGAUUGGUGGCUAUGCGCAGGAAUUCCCACCGAGGAAAGCGCUAAACCCCGAACACGGCGAAGAAUGAAGAAAUGGCCCGGGGGUCUCGGAAGAUUUCUACGCGUUUAACAACGCGUACCCCGGGUAACGUCGCCAAACGGAGACAUCACUGCGGACCACUUCCGGUUUUCGAUGGAAUCGCGGCGCUUCCGGUGCUGUUGUUGCUGCUGCUCGGCGGAUUUCCACAGGAAAAUAACAUUCAAUGUUCGGCGAGUCUCAUCUCCAGCCAGCUGCUGUACACCACCUACAUCGACAUCCGGCUGGCGAAUGUCACCAUCCAGCAGAACACCAGCUGUUCGGUGGAGAUCCUUGUUAAGGACUUGAACGAGGCCUCGGCCAUGGAUUUCUACUACGAGCGGGGUCUGGUGUGCUUCACCGAGCACAACUCGGAAACGAUCCAGUGUGCCCAGAUGCGAACGGGGAGUGGCGGAAGUCCGCUGCAGGCCGUCAACCGAACAGCUGUGAUAUCGAACGGUCUCGACAAGCCGGAGGGACUGGCCAUCGAUUGGUACACGGAUAAGUUGUACUGGACCGAUGGCGAGACGAAUCGGAUCGAGGUCGCGACGCUCAAUGGUAAGUAUCAGAAGGUGCUGGUUUGGAGCGACCUGGAUCAGCCACGUGCCAUAGCUCUGGUUCCGGCCCGGAGGAUCAUGAUCUGGACCGAUUGGGGCGAAAGUCCGAAGAUUGAACGGGCUAGUAUGGAUGGUGAUCCGCAGUCUAGGGUUACGUUGGUCCAUGACCGGAUUUUUUGGCCCAAUGGGUUAGCCGUUGAUCUGGAGAACGAACUUGUCUACUGGGUAGAUGGUAAUUUGCAUUUCUUGGACGUGAUGAACUUGGACGGUACCAAUAGGAGAACCUUGAUAAAUAACUUGGACUACCCGUACAGUUUGACGUUCGUACCUAAUAUGCUGUUCUGGACAGAUUGGCAAGAUGGAACCCUACACUACUAUAACAUUGCCAAUGACAAACACGAGGAAAUCCUCGACAGUCCUGUGGUUCCAAUAACCGUUCAUGCGUGGGACUCCCGAUUGCAACCGAUAUCGGAUAACCCUUGUAGAAGGAAUAAUGGCAACUGUUCCCACUUGUGUUUACUUUCGACAAGUCCGGCCGGGUACAGUUGUGCCUGUCCAACGGGCGUCAAACUGCUGAGUCGAUUUCAAUGUGCCGAAGGACCUCAGGAUAUGUUAUUCGUCGUUCAACGGACUCAGAUCAGCAGGAUAUCGCUGGAUUCACCCGAUUACACAAGCAUCCACCUACAGCUGGGAAAGGUGAGAUACGCGAUCGCCAUCGAUUACGAUCCGGUGGAGAACUACAUCUAUUGGUCCGACGAAGGUUCUAACGCGAUCAAGAAAGUUCAUCCGGAUGGAACCGGAAUGAUGGAGGUCGUUAACACUGAAAUACAGAGUCCAGAUGGGCUUGCAGUCGAUUGGCUGGGAAGAAAUCUGUAUUGGACAGAUUCGGGGACAGAUCGGAUACAGGUCUGCCGGUUGGAUGGUUCGUUCCGGAGGGUUUUAAUCUAUGAAAAUUUAGAGGAACCUCGAGCGAUCGCUCUGGCACCGACGAUCGGGUGGAUGUUCUGGAGCGAUUGGAGCGAGAAAGAUCCUAAGAUUGAACGAUCGUCGUUAGAUGGAACGGAAAGGGUGUUGAUCGUACAGCAGAAUCUGGGUUGGCCCAAUGGGAUUGCGCUGGAUAUUGAAGCUAGGAAAAUUUAUUGGUGCGAUGCUAAGCUAGAUCGGAUAGAAGUUGCCAACAUGGAUGGCUCCGGGAGGAACAUUAUUCUUUCGGAUAACCUACCUCACGCCUUUGGGUUGAGCCUGCUGGGAGAUUACCUGUAUUGGACGGAUUGGCAAAGAAGAUCUAUCGAUAGGGCGAAUAAACUAAAUGGUAACGACCGAACAGUGAUCGUUGAAGCUUUCCCUGAUCUGAUGGGACUGAAAGUAACAAAAUUGAAUGAGAUCAAGGGAACUAACCCUUGCGCAGUUCGUAAUGGAGGGUGUUCCCAGUUGUGUCUCAACAGGCCGAAAGACUACGUCUGCCGCUGUCAGAUCGACUACGAGCUGGAUCGAGACAACCGAACUUGCUUCGUUCCAUCGGCUUUCCUACUCUUUUCACGGCACGAUUCCGGCAGUAUUGGAAGAAUCUCAAUCGAUAGUCAUAACCACACGGACUACGCGCCCUUCCGAAGUGUCAUCGAUGCCCACUACUUAGACGUAGAUAUCGCGGAUCGAAGAAUCUAUUGGGCAAGUCAAAAACAGAAACACAUUUCCCGGGCCUACAUCAAUGGUUCGAAUGUGGAGAAGAUAGUCGAAUCUGGAUUAAUUCAACCCGAGGGGAUCGCCGUCGAUUGGUUAGCGCAUAACAUCUACUGGACCGACGCUGAAGCACGACGUAUUGAAGUAGCUCGACUCGAUGGAAGUAGUAGACGGAUCCUGAUUUGGAAAGGGAUUGAGGAGCCUAGAAAUUUGAUUCUAGAACCGCGUCGAGGACUGAUGUAUUGGGCCGAAUGGCCUUCGGACUCCAUUCGAAGAGCUGUUAUGGAUGGAAGUGACUUGAAAACAAUCAUUUCCGGAGCUAACAUAGCCACAGGACUCACUCUGGAUCCGGAAACCCGUCGACUCUACUGGGCCUGUCAAAGCUCUCCCAAUGCCAUUGAAUCUGCCGAGUGGGAUGGCUCCAAGCGGAAAGUUCUGGUUACCGCGGACAACGAUAACCAAUUCGCUCCUCAUGCGGUAACUCUCUACAAAGAUUUUGUGUACUGGAGCGAUUGGAACACCGGUGAAAUUGAGCGAGCAAACAAAACUAGCGGAGAAAACAGGUCGAUCGUUCAUACCAACCUAAAAUACACAAACUCUUUGCUAGCCUUCCAUCCGUUGCGGCAAUCCGGAUCGAAUCAGUGCCGAACGAACAACGGCGGAUGCUCUCAUCUGUGCCUAGCUCUGGGUCAACGGAAGAUGACCUGUGCAUGUCCGACUCACUACUCACUGAACCAGAAUCGUGUAUCCUGUAGUCCUCCCAAGAACUACAUCAUCUUCAGUCAACGAAAUUCGUUCGGUAGAUUCAUGUCGAACACAACCGAUUCGCCGGAUGUUCCGUUGCCGGUUACCGGGAAGAAUAUCCGAGCCGUGGAGUACGACGUGCUGACGCGGUACGUCUAUUGGAUUGACGGGCGUGGGCCGAUCAUUCGGAGGGCUUUCGACAAUGGAACCAGUGCUAAAAUUUUCAUCGAUCCGGCUUCGUCACCGUUCGAUAUGGUCAUCGAUCCGAUCGGGAGGCUGCUGUAUUGGAGCUGCUCCCACACCAAUACCAUCAAUAUUACCACGCUGGACGGCGAAAUCGAUCGGAUCGGCAACGUGGACAUCGGAAACUCGGAGAAACCGCGCAGCCUGGCGCUACAUCCAACCCGCCGCUUGCUAUUCUGGACCGACGUCGGCACCGCCCAAGCCAUCAUCCGAGCAAAACUGGAUGGAACCCAGCGGCGGGAACUUGUCUCCAAGCUGGAAGGUAUCACCGCACUAGCCUUGGACGUCCAGGCCAACAUGCUGUUCUACGCCCACGGCAAACGCAUCGACAUGAUGACCACCGAGGGACGGGAGAUAAAAACGUUAGUGGCUGAGCAUAUCAGUUUGGUGUCCUCGAUAGCGGCGUUAAACGGAUACGUUUACUGGUUGGAUGAACGUCCCGGUAUGGAGAGGAUAUCGGUUCACGGGGACAAUCGGAAGACCGAGAUUCAGAAGAUUCCGCACAUAACGGACAUCGUGGCAGUUUGGACUCCGGAGGGACGAGUUCUGAGGAACCAUUCGUGUAACACGGCACGUCCGAAAUGCAGUCACAUUUGUAUCGGAUCUCCGGACGAUGCCAAGGGUGAUGACGUGUGCGGGUGUCCGCAGGGACUGAUGUUGAUGAAAGAUAGAAGAAGUUGUAGCGCCCAGCCGGUCUGUGGACCGGAUCAUUUCACAUGUGCUGUCUCGUUGCCCAGUAGUGGUUUGGAUGGGGACAAAAACAACGACUGUAUUCCGGUUUCUUGGCGAUGCGAUGGUCAGAAGGAUUGUCCGGAUCGUUCAGAUGAACUGAAUUGUCCAGCUUGUAGAGCCGAUCAGUUUAAAUGCCAAUCUGGAGAGUGCAUUGACAAGCAUUUGGUAUGCGAUGGAACUACGCAGUGUAUGGAUGGAUAUGAUGAGGCUGUUUGUUGUAGGAAUCCGGAAGAUUUCCAGUGUCCUACGAGUAAGGUUUGUAUUUCGUAUCACAAUGUUUGUGAUGGUGAUGAACAUUGUGCCAAUGGCGAGGAUGAAGCUCCGGAGAUUUGCAACGAACUCAACAAUCGAAGGAUGGCUCCGAGUGGUAGCAAGAUCACCAUGCUGAUCGUGGUCGUUAUAGCUGUAGCUGUGGUAUUUAUCGUAGUCUACCUGUUGCAAACUUGCCGAUCAAGAUUUGGGGCAGGAUCAUCCGAACCUAAAGAAGAUCAAGCAGCUGCUCCUCUGUCGCCAGGAGGCAUCAACAAGAAUAUCCGAGUCUCGAAACUAACUUCCGUUGCCGAUGCUGUCCGGAUGUCCACAUUGAACAGUCGAAACAGUACCAAUAGCUAUGAUCGCAACCACAUCACUGGGGCCUCUAGCUCAACCACCAAUGGGAGUAGUCUCAUAGGCUAUCCCCUCAACCCACCACCUUCUCCAGCCACAACGGCUGGAUCCGCGAGAUAUUCGUCCAACUACCAUCCUUACAAACAUUACAAGAUCAUCAAUCAACCGCCUCCACCAACCCCAUGUUCCACGGACGUUUGCGACGAAAGUGAUUCGAACUACACCAGCAAAAGUGUCCGCAGUAGGGACCGCCUGGCGGGUGGCGGAACCAGCAGUAGCAGUGGACGCGGUGGCACAAGCACCUGUAAAUAUGCCAAAGCUAACGGUAGCGAUCGGUACGAUUCCGAACCGUACCCACCACCCCCGACGCCAAGAUCGCACUACCAUAGCGACGUCGGCGGGAUGCUGCCAGAAAGUUGUCCCCCAUCGCCGAGCUCUCGAAGUUCGACCUACUUCUCGCCCUUACCUCCACCGCCUUCACCGGUGCCUUCACCCUCCCGAGGAUACUCAUAGCAAUAAGAGAGCCAGAGAGAGAGAGAGCUGCUAGCUUCUCAUCGCCCAUUGUUUAGUGUAACACUUAGGUUAGGAUCAACUUUCCGCACCCGGGAAGAACUUAUCUGCAAAUUGCUAUUUUUGUUAUAGCGAACUUUUGACCGCAGCAUUGUGUAGGAUAUUAUAAAUUAAUAGAAUGUUGUGUACAUAUUUAUUAUAAUUAGGAUUGUUUCAAGAUACGACUAGCAGCAAUAUUAGGUUUUUAAGAGAAACAGCCAUCCUUAUCUCAGUUCAUCGAAGAAAAAAGCAAAUCCCGUCUUCCGAUUUAAGAAAAAUAAAGCCCCUCUAAAGUGCCUAAAGCUAAUGUCCGACCUCGGCAGCUAUGUCCAUGUAUACAUAUUACCCAAAAUUAAAGUUGUAGGUCCCUAUUGUCCUUUUAGAAAUUUUAUAUAACAGAUUUAUACAAAAAGGUUUAUCAUUGACUAACUUUUGUCAAAGAGCUAUUUUGUAGAUAAAUGAAGAAAAAAAAAACUAUCCCUCUGUAAAUACAACACAAUUAAGCCUUAAGAAAGUUAUGAUUUCAAAGAAACUGAAUUUCACAAAAAAUUAACGAUCCCAUUGAGCAGCACAUGUCUUCCGAACUGAAAAGAAACGCAAGCUUAAGUUCGAUCCCACCUAUCAAAACCAUAAGUUUUUUUUUCACAACAAUUAGUGGUACCAAUAACCAAUCGAAUGCCAUCGAAAAAUAAUUGAUCCUCGCAACAUUUGUACGCCUAUUCUUUCCUUCAAAAAAAAAAAAAACAUUGAUUUCAUUCAUUUUAAAAAGCAAAAAGGUUGAAUCGUGCUCUCAUACAAGACUGAACCCUGCGAAAUGCGAAUGGCACAAACAAAAACUGAUCCAAAACGUUGGUAGGAACGAUUUUUGUCAAACGGAUGGCCUUUAAUUGAAACAAAAAAUAGAAACGAACGAGCUUAUGGAUAUGAUGAUGUUAAGAAUACGAGAUGGAAUGACGAAGGUCCCCUUCCGGAUGCUUUUUUUAUUCAAUCUUUUACCGAGUGUAACGGAGAAAACUUGUAGUAUUUUUGCAGUUGUUGUAUCGAAAAUAUAAAAAGAAAUUAUUUAAAA